AUGUGGAUGGAGUCCAUUCCAACGGAUCCACGAGGGGCUUAUUCAAAGGACCUGCGACGGGCCGGAUGCAAUCCAUCAGAAACCGAAGCAAAUGACGUAAAGAAAAAUAAAGUAGAAUUUCCAAUACCCAAGCAAGCGCCCGGGGAUUUGUGCGGUCGGAAAUCGGGCACAGUUGAUCGUAAGCAACCAACGCUAAUGCUAAACGGGUCGGGGUUGAAUUCAACUGGCAAUUCCCACCAAAGCAAGUUUUCCCAUAAUCAAAAGGGGAACGCAUUUCUACGGUCGUUGUUGCUGGACAACGAAGAAAACGAGGAGCAAGAUGAGGAAGAGGAACAAGACUCAAUAUUGCAGCAGGAAUUAACGGAGGAGGAAGAAACCGUUCUUCGGAAUCUUGUAAAUCGCCGAAGACAGAACCGAACGGGGUUUCAGCGAGCAGGGCCAGCUAGAGGACAAACUCCGGAACAGCUAGCCGCGCGACAUGCAGUGUCAAAACAUCUUCCUAUCUUCAAAGGGGAAGCGGAAGUUUGGCCGCUCUUCAUAAGUUGCUAUGAAACUACUACAGCAGCUUGUGGAUUCACCAAUACAGACAACCUGAAGAGACUCCAGGACAGCCUUCAGGGUCUGGCGAAAGAAGCUGUGCAGAGUCGCUUAUUACUGCCAGAGUCGGUUCCCGAGUUAUGUGAUCAUCUCGAAGCCGCUGGACUACAUGAUCAUCUGAGUAAUCCGAUGCUAGCGCAGGAGCUGGUUAGUAAGCUACCAUCCGAGUAUAAACUGGACUGGGUACGCUUCAAGCGGGGCAAGAGAGGGACUCCGCUUAGGCUGUUUACUGAUUUUACCAACGAAAUCGUAUCAGAAGUAUCGGAAGUAGCCGAAUUUAGUGGCCUAGAAACAAAGGGGCAGAGAGAGGUCGGAAAACCUAAGGGAAAGAAGGAGUUUGUGCACACCCAUUCAGCACAAAACGUCCAGCCGUACGUAGCUCAUUCCACGUCGGCUCCCAAAGGAAAAAGACCGUGUGUCGUUUGCAAGAGAACGGACCACAAAGUGCGAUUUUGUGACGACUUUGAGAAACUAACACUACGAGAUCGACUGAAGUUAGUAGAGAAGUAUAAGCUCUGUUCAUUAUGCCUGUGUGACCACGGCCGAACUCGCUGCACGUUCAAUGUUCGGUGUAACAUAGACCAUUGCAAAGGUGGGCAUCAUCCAUUGCUCCAUCGCACUGAAGAGCUCGUUCAGGUGGCUGAUGUCGAAUGCAACACUCAUCUUCGCUCAAACCGUUCAGUCCUUUUUCGCAUAUUGCCGAUAACUUUGCAUAAUGGCAAGUCGUCUGUAAAUUUGAUCGCUUUCUUGGACGAAGGCGCAUCUGCAACAUUGCUGGAGAGCACAAUAGCAGACAAGUUGAAUGCUGACGGUGUUCCAGAACCAUUGGUGGUUCACUGGACAGCGAAUGUGAAGCGGCAUGAGGACCAAUCUCGACGGUUGGAUUUGUUGAUCUCCCCGAGAGGAUCAAACACUAAACACCAGCUGAAGGGUGUUCGUACGGUAAAGAAUUUGAUGCUGCCAAUACAGAGCAUCAAGAUUCAAGACCUGGCGAAUCGUUUCGAGCAUCUGAAAGGCUUGUCUGCAAACGAUUACGACGCCGAUGCACCGCAAAUAAUUAUUGGCCUGGACAAUUUACACUUGUUCGCGCCAUUGGAGUCACGAGUAGGUGGAGUAGGAGAACCGAUUGCCGUCCGAUCCGCGCUAGGCUGGACAGUGUACGGACCAGAUAAACCGGUGUCAUCGGCAAAAGCGUUCGUGAACCACCACAUCACUCAUACCGUGAGCAACCAAGAGUUGCAUGAGAUGCUUGGAGCACAAUAUGCAUUGGAAGAGCUCUCUACAUCGAUGGUACCCCUUGCUGAAUCCAACGAAGAUAAACGGGCGCGUGAUAUUCUGCAGAAAACAACCGUUCGAGUAGGGGAUCGUUUUGAGACGGGACUGCUAUGGAAAAACGAUGUUCCUGACUUUCCAGACAGUUACCCGAUGGCGGUGCGUCGCUUGAAGGCGUUGGAGAGGCGGCUUUCCAGAAAUCCGGAACUACAGCAAAACGUUUUCCAGCAAAUCGUGGAGUAUCAACGCAAAGAGUACUGCCACAAGGCAACAAAAGCAGAGUUGGGCGAGACAGCGACGAACAAGGUGUGGUAUUUACCGCUGAACGUGGUGCUUCAUCCAAAGAAGCCUGAUAAAGUCCGGUUGGUGUGGGACGCUGCUGCCGCAGUCAAUGGGACAUCACUAAACUCUAACUUAUUGAAAGGUCCCGAUCUACUUACUUCGCUGCCAGCAGUGAUAUGCAAAUUUAGGGAAAAGAGUGUUGCCUUCGGCGGUGACGUGCGCGAAAUGUACCACCAGCUGCGCAUACGAGAGGCGGAUAAACAGGCUCAGCGCUUUCUGUUUCGUUUUGAGUCCAGUCGUCCUCCCGAGGUUUACGUAAUGGACGUAGCAACGAAUUGGGCAUCGAAUUCGGAGAAGGUUCUACGGGAAUUAAAAGAACCGAACCAGGAGCGAACGAUACACUUUCACCAGGACAAGGUCACCGAUCGGGAGCGAGUACUGGGUCUCAUCUGGGACACGAAAUGGGAUGUGCUGUCUUUCUCAAUUCCGGCUCAGGACGAAGUCAUAAGUUCCGGAAUGCGCCCGACCAAGCGUCAAAUCCUGAGCAUCGUCAUGUCUCUUUUCGACCCGUUGGGUUUGCUUACUCCAUUCACCGUGCUGGGCAAAAUGUUGGUUCAAGCUCUUUGGCGGACCGGGUGUGAUUGGGAUGAGCCUAUCGACGAUGAUUCUAAUGCCAAAUGGCAACAGUGGACUGAGAUGCUACCGGAAAUAGAACGAGUGCGAAUACCCCGGUCUUAUUUUGGGAAUCUUCACUCAGACAGUUACGGCCAAAUCCAGUUGCACGUGUUUUGUGACGCUGGUGAGAAUGCGUAUGGUUGCGUAGGUUAUCUGCGAAUUGUCGUCAACCAAGAGGUGAGCUGUUCUUUAGUAAUGGCUCGAUCUAAAGUUGCUCCACUAAGGCAGCUAACGAUACCGCGACUGGAGCUGCAGGCCGCAGUGCUAGCAGCACAAAUGAUAAAGGCGAUUCGACAAAACCACUCACUUGAAAUACAUCGAGUUUUCAUUUGGAGUGACUCGCAGACAGUUCUGUCGUGGAUACAGUCGGAUCAACGAAAGUAUAAACAGUUCGUCGGUUUUCGGAUCGGGGAAAUACUGAGCUUGUCAAACCUGUCAGAUUGGAGAUGGAUUCCGUCGAAACUGAACAUCGCUGACUGCUUGACCAAGUGGGGACGUAUGCCCUCCAUGGAGCCUGGAAGUUCCUGGUUCAGAGGACAAGAAUUCAUUUACCAAGCACCGGAAACGUGGCCACAGCAAGUCUUACCUCCAGCAAACACGACGACAGAAAUGCGGGCGGUUUUUCUCUUCCACGACAUAGUGCUGACCGGACCUUUCAUCGACACCAAUCGAAUUUCCAAAUGGAAUGUCCUCAUCAGAACGGUAGCUUGUCUAUACCGUUUCAUCUCCAAUUGCCGAAGAAAAUGCCGUGGUCAAUCUAUCGAAACCCUUGAGCCUACGGCGAAUCAAGAAAAGCUGAUCCGGGGAGCGCUAACGGCAACCAGAGUUGGACUACAGCAGGGAGAAUAUCGGAGAGCCGAAGAAGCUCUGUUCCGGAUGGCUCAAAGUGACGCGUUCGGAGACGAAAUAAAAACUCUCCGAAAAAAUCAGGAAUUGGAACAAGACCAAUGGAUACCCUUGGAGAGAUCGAGUCCACUCCACAAGAUGACGCUACUGUUGGACUCUUCCGAAGUUCUACGGCUCGAGGGACGAACCGCAAAUGCCGAGUUUUUGCCGUUCGAUCUGCGAUUCCCUGUAGUAUUACCCAAAGAUAACGCAGUGACGGCAAGACUGGUACAAUAUUUUCAUGCAAAGUGUGGUCAUGCCUUCAGGGAGACGGUAAAGAGUGAAAUUAAACAACGGUUCGUGAUUCCAAAGCUCAGCUCCGUCGUCGCUAAUGUGGAGAAACAUUGUGUUUGGUGUAAGGUCCACAAGAAUAGACCAAGCGUACCACGAAUGGCUGCGCUACCAAUUCAAAGGCUCACACCAUACCAGCGACCGUUUACAUUCGUGGGGGUCGACUAUUUGGGGUCAGUAGAAGUAACGAUCGGACGGCGCGCGGAAAAAAGGUGGAUUGUCGUUUUCACGUGCUUGGUCGUUCGUGCCAUUCACUUAGAGGUGGCUCACAGCCUCAAUACCCAGUCGUGCUUGAUGGCCAUCAGGCGCUUUAAUUGUCGCCGAGGAUCGGUUGCAGAAUACUUCUCGGACAACGGGACCAAUUUUCGUGCGGCGAGCAAAGAAAUCCAGCAGCUGUACCGUGACGUGCAGAAGGCGUGCGCUGAAGAGCUGACGGAUGCGAGGACGCAGUGGCAUUUUAACCCCCCUGCUGCUCCCCAUAUGGGGGGAGUGUGGGAGAGAAUGGUUCGGACGGUGAAAGAGGUGAUGAGCGCUCUGAACGACGGGAGGAGAUUAACCGAAGAAAUUCUUCAAACUACAUUGUGUGAAGCUGAGGAUAUGAUCAACAGUCGGCCGCUGGUAUUCGCUCCGCAGGAGUCUCCUUUGCCUGCACUAACACCAAAUACUUUCCUUCGGGGAUCAUCUCCCAACGAGCCACAGGAGGUUGUUGUACCAACGAACGUCGCACAUGCUCUGCGAGAUUCAUAUAAGCGAUCUCAGCUACUAGCAGAUGAAAUGUGGAAGCGGUGGAUAAGGGAAUAUGUUCCCAGCAUCAAUAGUCGGACGAAGUGGUUUACAGAAACUCGCCCGCUGCAGAAAGGUGAUCUAGUGUACGUGGUAGAAGGAGAUCGACGGAAAUCUUGGAUGCGGGGUGUCAUAGAGAAACCGAUUAUGUCCAGCGACGGACGAGUGAGACAGGCGAUCGUGCGAACAAACAGCGGUACCUAUAAACGUCCGGUCGCAAAACUGGCGGUUCUGGAGAUUGCUGAGGGUAACGCUGAUCCGGUGAAAGGAGCCGGAACAGGAUUACGGGUCGGGGAUUGUUGUGGUAGCCAGCCCCCUGGUUUGUAG